AAAUUAAAUUUGAGGCGCCGAUCGUUCAAUGAUUAACGAAUAUCUAUGUUCUUUCUGAUAUUUCUAUUUUCUUAAAACUGGCGGCACAACGUGAAAAGCGGAUAAUGGUGUUUUAGUUAGCUGGUUGUGAUGUAUUUCUGUUUUUAGAUAUUGAAAAGUAUUUUAUGAUUGCAACAAAAUGGCAUUCAAUCUAGAUAAGGAAUGUUUUCAACGCCGCCUCCAAAAACUCUAUAAUUCUUGGUUAAUAAAAACAGAAGAGGAGAAUGGAUUCUCUAAUAUGGAUGCUUUGGUUACCGCCGUUGGUGUUGAUGAUAAUGUAAUGUACAGCAAAUCUGGAGCAUUACAUACUUGGUUGUUAGGUUAUGAACUAACUGAUACCAUAAUGGUAUUUACCGAAAAGAAGGCUUACUUCCUUGCAAGUAAAAAGAAAAUUGAUUUUAUAAAACAAGGUGAAAGUUCUGAGCCAAAUGCUAUAGAGUUAAAGUUCUUGGUACGAGAUAGAAAUGAUAAAGAUAAAGCUAAUUUUGAAACACUUAUUGAAGCUAUUAAGGGUAGUCGGAAAGGUAAAACAAUAGGCGUUUUCCGAAAAGAUAAAUAUCCAGGAGAAUUCAUGGAUUCUUGGAAUGCAGUUGUUUCAGAAGCAAAAUUGGAAACUUUAGAUAUCAGCAGUCCAUUUGCCUAUUUAAUAGCACCCAAAGAAGAAGCCGAAAUUCUAACAAUAAAAAAAGCAUGUAUGGUGACUGUUGAUGUUUUCACAAAGUAUCUGAAAGAUCAAAUCAUGGAAAUAAUUGAUUCUGAAAAAAAAGUGAAACACAGUAAACUUGCAGAAGGGGUAGAGAGUGCUAUAAAUGACAAAAAAUACGUUUCUGGGGUUGAUGUUUCUCAAGUGGAUAUGUGCUACCCUGCUAUAAUCCAAUCAGGUGGAAAUUACAGCCUCAGAUUCAGUGCUGGGAGUGACAAAAACACUAUGCAUUAUGGUACAAUAAUAUGUUCUUUAGGUGCUCGUUAUAAAUCUUAUUGCUCUAAUUUGAUUCGAACAUUGUUAGUUAAUCCUAAGCCAUUGAUUCAAGAAAAUUAUAAUUUACUACUCAGCUGUGAAGAAGAAGUUAUGAAGAAGUUGGUAGCAGGCUCUAAGUUAUGUGAUGUUUAUAAUGUUGGUUUGAAUUUCAUUAAAAAAGAAAAACCAGCACUAGUAGAUCACCUCACUAAAAAUUUUGGAUUUGCUAUGGGUAUUGAAUUUAAAGAAAAUUCUUUGAUGAUUGCUCAGAAAACCACUGCUGUUGCGAAAAAAGGAAUGGUUUUCAAUCUCAAUAUUGGUUUGAGUAAUUUGGAAAACAAGGAGGCGACAGAGAAAGAAGAUAAAACAUAUGCUUUAUAUAUCGGGGACACCGUUAUGGUAAAUGAAGAUCAACCUGCUACAACACUCACAGUGAGCAAGAAGAAAUUGAAGAACAUAGGUGUCUUCCUUCAGGAAGAUUCUGAAGAAGAGGAAAAUGAUGCUGAAAAGGAAAAUGCACCGAAAGAUGAAAUCUUGGGAAGAACUAGCAAAAGAACAGCAGUACUAGAUUCAAAGCUUAGGACAGAACACACUUCAGAGGAAAAAAGAAAAGAACACCAGAAAGAAUUGGCUAUCUUAUUGAAUGAAAAGGCAAAGGAACGUUUAGCUAAGCAAUCAGGAGCCAAAGAUGUAGAGAAAGUUAGAAAGAAUAAUGUAUCUUAUAAAAAUGCAAGUCAAAUGCCUAGAGAUUCGGAAGUUAAGGAAUUAAAACUGUAUGUGGAUCAAAAGUAUGAGACAGUUAUAUUACCUAUUUAUGGUAUUCCUGUGCCUUUUCAUAUUUCAACUGUGAAAAAUAUUUCUCAAUCAGUUGAGGGGGAUUACACCUAUUUGCGUAUAAAUUUCUUCCAUCCUGGUGCAACCAUGGGCAAAAGCGAUGGCACAUAUCCACAACCAGAAGCCACUUUUUUGAAAGAAUUGACCUACCGAAGUACAAACAUAAAAGAACCAGGUGAAAUAUCCCCACCUUCAUCUAACUUGAACACAGCGUUCAGAUUGAUCAAAGAGGUACAGAGGAAGUUCAAAACAAGAGAAGCUGAAGAACGGGAGAAAGAGGACUUGGUAAAACAAGAUACUCUAGUUUUAUCUCAGAAUAAGGGUAAUCCAAAGUUGAAAGAUCUGUAUAUAAGGCCAAAUAUAGUUACCAAGAGAAUGACUGGAUCGUUAGAAGCUCAUACUAAUGGGUUCAGAUAUACUUCAGUUCGAGGUGACAAGGUUGACAUCCUUUAUAAUAAUAUUAAAAAUGCCUUCUUUCAACCAUGCGAUGGUGAAAUGAUCAUCUUGCUUCAUUUUCAUCUGAAACAUGCCAUUAUGUUUGGCAAAAAGAAACAUGUAGAUGUGCAAUUCUAUACAGAGGUGGGAGAAAUAACUACCGACUUAGGAAAACACCAACACAUGCAUGAUAGGGAUGAUUUGGCUGCUGAACAAUCUGAACGUGAGUUGAGGCACAAAUUGAAGACAGCCUUCAAAAGUUUUUGUGAAAAAGUUGAGAGCAUGACCAAGCAAGAAAUCGAAUUUGAUACUCCAUUUAGGGAAUUAGGUUUCCCUGGAGCACCAUUUAGAUCAACUGUCAAUCUACAACCAACUUCAGGUUGCUUGGUCAACCUUACAGAGUGGCCGCCAUUCGUAAUCACCUUAGAAGACGUUGAGCUUGUUCAUUUUGAACGUGUUCAAUUCCACCUCAAGAAUUUUGACAUGGUUUUUGUAUUCAAAGAUUACAGUCGCAAAGUUGCAAUGGUCAAUGCUAUACCCAUGAACAUGCUGGAUCAUGUUAAGGAAUGGUUAAAUUCAUGCGAUAUAAGAUAUUCAGAGGGUGUGCAAACCCUGAAUUGGGCGAAGAUUAUGAAGACAAUUACAGAUGAUCCUGAAGGUUUCUUUGAAAGCGGUGGUUGGACAUUCUUAGAUCCAGAAUCUGAUGAAGAAGAAGCAGCUAAAGAUGAAGAUUCUGAAGAGGAAGAUGAUGCUUAUGAACCUACGGACCUCGAAAGUGGAUCAGAAUAUUCUGAAGAAGAUUCAGAGUAUUCAGAAGGGGAUACAGAAUCAGAUGGUGAUUCAGAAGAAGAAUUAGGUUCCGAUGAAGAAUCAGGAAAGGAUUGGUCUGAUUUAGAGAGGGAGGCUGCAGAAGAAGAUAGGGAGCGUAAUAAUAAAUUUGAAGAUGACUUGGACAAAAAGAAAGUUCCAUCAAAACACUCAAGCAAGAACUCUUCUAGCAGAUAUUCAUCAAAUAACAAACAUAGCUCUUCUAGCAGUAACAACAAACAUAAGUCAUCCAAGCAUGAUUCACCAAAUAAACAUUCUUCUAACCACCAUUCCUCCAGUAAAAGUUCGAAGCACAACAGUAGCAGCAGUAGAGAUAAGGAGAGGGAGAAACAAAAAGAGAAGGAGAGACAAAAAGAAAGAGAGAAGAGCAGGCAUUCAUCAAGUGGCUCAAAUUCUAAAAGAAAACAUUCUGAAUCACCCAAAAAAGACAGAGACAGCGGCAAACACCAUAAGAGUUCUCAUUCCUCCAAUUCUUCAAACAAGAAAAGAAGUAGGGAUGAUAGUGAAGACAGACAUAAGUCUAAGAAAUCCAAGAAAUAAAUGUCCAUAUUAUUAUCCUUUUAAGUUAUUUGUUAGACUUACAUUUCAAAACAUGAGUUUAAGUUUGAUAUUUGUGUAACAAUAAAUUUUUGAUUACAACUUUU